GCCGCUAUUCCGCAAACAACGAACAAAGCGGAUGUACAUUUUUCGUGAAGCAUUGAAAAGCCAUGAACCUUAUUUGCUGGAUCACCACGGUAAAUGCACUGUUUCUGCUACCGGUGUUGGCCACUUUGGGCCCACACCGCAAGCUCAACCGUGCGCUGGCAGGUCGUUCGAUUCCGGGACAAUACAUAAUAGAAUUGAAUCCAAGCAUCUCGGAUUCUAGGGGUUUUGCAACCCACGUCCUGAAACGCGCGUUCCGAGACAGUAUCAUAGAGACCUACUACUAUGCCAUGAAAGGAUUUGCUGUCAAGGACCUCCCAAACACAUUGUUGAACUUCAUGCUCAAUUUGGAUGACGUGCUCCUGGUAUCAGAGGAUGCCGUUGUCGAGGUCGAUGCUGUACAGAUUGAUCCGACGUGGGGGCUUGACAUAGUUGACGGAACAAUCGACAGAAGAUAUAAUUACACGUAUACGGGACUUGGUGUCGAAGUGUACAUUCUUGAUACGGGAAUUCAAGCAAAUCAUUCCGAACUCGAAGGGCGUGUCGAGAGUUGCGUGUCCUUCACUCCUGAAGAGUGCGGAUCCGAUCUCAACGGGCAUGGUACCCAUGUGGCCGGAACUGUCGGUUCGAAAACAUACGGUGUAGCAAAGACGGUGUCCCUCCACGAUGUGAAGGUUCUCAACGCAAAAGGUAGUGGAUCAUACAGUGCAGUAAUUGCUGGCGUUGACUAUGUAACCCAGAUCAAGAUGUCAGAUCCCAGCCGAAAAAUUGUGAUCAAUAUGAGCCUUGGGGGAGGCAUCAGCACUUCGUUCAACAACGCGAUAACUUCCGCAGCAGAUUCAGGCGUGGUAGUUGUGGUUGCUGCCGGAAACAGCGACGAUGAUGCCUGCAACUACUCUCCUGCAUCUGCGUCGGGAGUAUUAGCAGUUGGUUCGAUUGAUAGCGAUAAGCGCCGUUCGAGCUGGUCCAACUGGGGUAGUUGUGUUGACAUCUUUGCACCAGGAUCCGGGAUCCUGUCGCUUUCUCAAAGCAACGGCACAACUACGAAGUCAGGUACAUCUAUGGCUGCUCCACACGUUGCAGGUGUUGCCGCGCUCUACUUACAAGCGGGAAGAAGCACCGAUUCUAUCGCAUCGGAUGCGUUGGAGAAUGGAAUAAGCGAUGUAAAGGAAUCUUCCAACCGACUUGUGCGCACUUCGGAAUUGCCACCGGUAGCCCCGUCUCUACUGGCGCCCACUCGCUCGCCAACCCGCAGACCUACUCCUAAUCCAACUGGCGCUCCCGUUACACCGCAGACUACGAAGCAACCUACACGCACACCCUUUGCCACUCGUGCUCCAACCAAGAACCCUACCCUUGCUCCGGCCAAGGCGCCCACUCGUGCUCCCACCAAGAAACCCACCCUUGCUCCGACCAAGGAACCUACUCGUUCUCCUACCAAGGCACCCACUCGUUCUCCUACCAAGGCACCCACUCGUUCUCCUACAAAGGCACCCACUCGUUCUCCCUCCAACGCACCAACACCUUCUCCGGUAUUGCCACAGUGUGCACCGCUUUUAGGCGAUGCUGUAGCGGAUUCAGAUGUCUUCGUUCGUGGUCACCACAGCGUGGCCGGCACCGAGCGUGUCGUCCUCGCUGGUGAUGAUGGGCUUCCAAGACAAUCGCUCACUCCAUUGUGUGGCCGGCUUGAUACUCAAAUCGGUCUUGGUCGCCGUGAGUAAACUGUUAAGCGAUCAACGUUGCAAGCAGUUGUUUUGACAUAGACGGUUUACUAGGAGCUUUUUCGGAAUGUGGUUUGCACAUAUUGUAGUCAGCGAAAAAUUUAUC